AUGGAAAGAGAGAAUGGUGUCCGCCAGUUGGAACUCCAUGAGCUUGUGCAUUCCAACGCAGUAGAGUACACUAUAAUAGAUCUGAUGCAUAACCUCUUCUUCGGAACCCCCAAACUCAUCAUGAAAAAGUGGAUAUCAACUGGUCUGAUCUCUAAUGCGCACCUUAUAGCUAUGCAAGACGAUGCUGAUAAGCUUCAUAAGUCCUGGUACCUUGUCUACUCUCCAGCUGUUCUGUCUGGCAGCCUUCCACAAAAACAUUUUGACAACUGGAUGUGCUUUUUCAAUGCCUGUUGGUAUCUAGCCAUGCCAAGCUUGACAUACAAAAACCUUGCUGAGGCACAUUUUUGCUUGGAGCUAUUUGGAUGA